GUGUGGGUGUGGGUAGGAGGACGGAGCAGCGGAGGUAUAGAAAAGACCCACUUCUAUAUCAGGACAUCCCCAGCUGUCCGCGGCAGAAAGCUGAGCAGGUGCUCCUUUCCUCCUGUCCUCCUUUCCUCCUUCCUCCUUCUCGACGCGUCAUUACGACACUUUGCAAAUCUCCUCAUCCGUGACGUCAAACCUGCGGCGUGUUUGCUUUUGGAGCCGAUGUUAGAUCGCUUUUCUCUCCACUUUCUUCGUCACUGAAAGGAGGACACAGUCCGCGUCUCUUGUCGGGGAAAACUCGCUUGGAAAAGAUGAGUCUUUCUGCUUGGAUUUGAUCAACUCUCCCGCGUCACGAUCACUUUAUAAUCAUGCUGCCAGAGAUAAAUAAGACGUCACGCCCGGAAGCCUUUCCCCACAGACAGCCAGCAGAGGGCAGUCGUCUUGGGACAAACCGAUCCUGCUUACAGAAGUUUGGCCCAGGAGGAGGGACUUUGCCUCAGCUGGAGCCUCCAGUGGUCCAGGUGGUAGUCAGCAAUGCCAAGAACCAGCAGCAGCAGACCGACAACACCCUGCCCCAAAUUGUCAACAAGGGGGUCCAGAACCACUAUCAGACAAACACAGUUGGGAGGCCGAAGCCCACUCAGCAAUUCACUAUGCGGUUCGGAGCAGCCAUGGAUAAAAUGUCACGCAACAGUAUCUUCAGCAACAAGUCAGAUAAAGAAAAGUCGCACGAGGGACACAGACUACCCUUGUCUCCCACAGUCGCUCUCAACAACUUCCAAGAUCGUCUGACUGAGUUUGAGAAGGAUGAGAUCACGGACUACGCCGAGAUCUGGUUCCUGGGUCUGGGCUGUCAGAAGAUCGAGGCUUCCCAGGCGGCACCACAGAACGGUGGCUAUGAUGACGACCAUGGCAGCUACAUCAGGGUGCUGCACGACCACAUUGCCUACAGAUUUGAAGUGCUGGAGGUGAUUGGAAAGGGCUCCUUCGGGCAGGUGCUCAAAUGCCUGGACCACAAGAACAACGAACUUGUAGCAGUCAAAAUGAUACGUAACAAAAAGAGGUUUCAUCACCAAGCUCUGGUUGAGCUGAAAAUCCUCGACGUGAUAAAGAGGAAAGACAAAGACAACCUUCACAACGUCAUACACAUGAAGGAGUACUUCUACUUCCGAAAUCACCUCUGCAUCUCCUUUGAGCUUCUCGGGGUCAACUUAUACGAGCUCAUCAAAAAAAACAACUUCCAGGGCUUCAGUGUGGCUCUCAUCCGUCGCUUCACCCACGCUCUCCUCAGGUGCCUGCAGAUGCUGCACAGAGAGAAGAUCAUUCACUGCGACCUCAAGCCGGAAAACAUCCUUUUGUCUCAGAAAGGACCAGGAAACAUCAAGGUGGUGGAUUUUGGAUCCAGUUGUUACGAGCAACAGAGAGUGUACACCUACAUCCAGAGCCGCUUCUACCGCUCCCCAGAGGUCAUCCUGGGUCACCCCUACAGCAUGGCCAUUGACAUGUGGAGUCUGGGCUGCAUCCUGGCUGAGCUCUACACCGGAUACCCUCUCUUCCCUGGGGAGAGCGAAGUGGAGCAGAUAGCUUGUAUCAUGGAGGUUCUUGGGAUGCCUCCCAGUGAUUUUGUUCAGUCUGCUUCAAGGAGGAGGUUGUUCUUUGACUCAAAAGGGAAUCCCAGAAACACCACCAACAGCAAGGGGAAAAAACGAAGACCAAAUUCCAAGGAGCUGUCAACUACACUGAAAACAAAUGACGUUUUAUUUUUGGACUUCAUCAAACGCUGCCUCACCUGGGAUCCAACCAAACGGAUGACGCCCAAUGAGGGUUUACAGCAUGACUGGAUCCUGGAGGGGAAUUUCAACAAGGUGAGGCCCAGAACUAAACCAUCAGUGAAGAAGCAGACUGCCAAUGUGAGCACUACAAGGAGCAAUGGUGAACACAAUUACGGCAAACAAGCUCAUGGCAAAUCUGAGAGGCUCAGCUCGGACGACAACUGUGACAACGAGAAGCUGAAGAGAGACGGUUCUGACACAAGCACCGCCUCCACUGAGCGCCUGCGGCCCAUCGGGGCUUCGGCGGAGGAGGAGGUGUGCGAAAGCGAGCACUGCAAGCUGCGGGAUGCGGGUUUAGAGAAGCCCGUUCACAUCAUCCUCAAACCUCAGGAGAAAGAGGGCACAGAGCCUCAGGACAGCCAAGAGCCGUCUCCUUGUUUGCCUCCUGCCAUGUAAGGGAGUCAUGUUGCAUUCACUGGAAAUGGGAAAACUCACACGGACGUGGAGAUUGUCACCUGUGUUCCAUCUCAGGAAAAUGAACUAAAUUGGUACAAGCCACGCUUUUCCUGCAGGCUGAUGGUGACAUGUUGGUACAAACACUGCCAUGUAGUGUAGCGUGAACGUCCCACAACUAGUGUGAGGGUACAAAGGGCACCGACACUUCUAAGUUGACAUGUGAGAGAAAACUAUUUUAGAAAUGAAUGUAUAGAAUAGGUUGCAUCAAUCAUUAGUAAAAAAC